AUGGAGGCAUAUUUCUGGGUGGUGUUCGCGGUGCUGGUGGUGCUGUGCCUGGCGCUCGAGUUCUCCCGCGGAUCCAAGGACCGCGCGCAGACCACCCCCGCGUUCGAAUCCUUUAAGAACAACUACCUGCUCGUGUACUGCCUCAUGAUGGCAUUCCGUUCCCUGACUCCUGCUCUCGCCCCGCGCCCUUCAUAUUGCUCAUGCGCUUCCCACCCUACUCACCCCUCCUCAUGCCACGUGGCAGCGGGCGAUUGGCUGCAGGGGCCGUACGUGUACGCGCUGUACCAGCACUACGGGUACGACAAGGGCGACAUCGGCCGCCUCUUCAUCGCUGGAUUCGGGUCCUCCAUGGUCUUUGGCACCAUCGUGGGGUCGCUGGCAGACCGCCAUGGGCGUCGCCUGGCCUGCGUGCUCUACUGCAUUACAUACAUCCUGAGCUGUCUCACCAAGCACUUCCCGGCCUUCUCCAUCCUCGUGCUGGGUCGUGUGCUGGGCGGCAUAGCCACCUCGCUGCUCUUCUCCGCCUUUGAGUCCUGGCUCGUCGCUGAGCACUUUGCUCGGGGUUUUGAGCCGCCCUGGUUGUCGAUCACAUUCUCCAAAGCCAUCUUCCUGGGAAAUGGGCUCGUGGCGAUACUUUCAGGCCUGGUGGCCAACGUGCUGGUAACAGACCUCAACCUCGGCCCAGUAGCGCCCUUUGAUGCCGCAUCAGUGCUGCUAGCGGGGGGAAUGGCGGUGAUAGUGGGCACGUGGAGUGAGAACUAUGGGGACUCUGAUCAGUCGCACGGGCUGCUGCUGCAGUUCCAACUCGCCUACCAUGCCAUCGCCUCAGAUGAGAAGAUUGCCAUUCUAGGAGCCAUCCAGUCGCUCUUCGAGGCCAGCAUGUACACGUUCGUGUUCCUCUGGACGCCAGCGCUCGCCCCUUCACAGCAGGCCAUACCGCACGGCUUCAUCUUCUCGCUCUUCAUGCUCGCAUCCAUGCUCGGCUCCUCCCUGGCCUCCCGCCUCAUGGGCCGUGCGGGGCUGAAGGUCGAAGUCUACAUGCAGGCUGUCUUCGCCAUCUCCUCGCUCUCGCUGCUCCUUCCGUGCAUCGUCAAUUGGGUCCUGGAGCCCCACCCUCCACCUGGGGGCGGCAUCACACCGGGAGGCCGCGUGCAACUGGCGGGGUUCUGUGUGUUUGAGGCGUGUGUGGGCGUGUUCUGGCCGUCGCUCAUGCGCAUGCGAGCACAGUACCUGCCUGAGGAGUCCCGAUCCACCAUCAUGAACUUCUUCCGUGUACCCCUCAACGUCUUCGUCUGCCUUGUGCUCUACCACGUGCGAGCCUUCCCCAUGACGGUCAUGUUCCUCAUGUGCUCGUUCUUCCUCGCCAUCGCUGCUCUCCUGCAGCGCCGCCUGCUCCACCUCGCUCUCAGCGCCCUGCCCCAGGCCACAGCGAAUCAGACCCCGAGUCCCAUUGACUGGGAGCUCAAGGCACACAGCUCUGAUGGGGAACCGCCUGGUCUGCUGCUGUGA